CGCUGAAUUCUUAUCUGUUCAGUCUGAAGACUCACUACAGCUGUGUGUAAAUCUCUUUUACUAUGGCUUUAGUGGACACACUUCUCCUGAAUGUCUCCAGCACAGGAGCUUUACUCGCUGCUCUUCUGCUGCUUUUGGUUAUUUAUUUCUGCUUCAGGUCUCCAGAAGAUGACCAAGAACCUCCAGGACCCAAACCACUGCCACUUGUGGGAAACCUGCACAUUCUGGACCUUAACCAACUUCAUGUGAGCCUCUGGAAUUUAUCCAAGAAAUAUGGGUCAGUGUUCAAAGUUCAUCUUGGACCCAAAAAGAUUGUGGUUUUGGCCGGAUACAAGACGGUUAAACAAGCACUGGUGAACCAGGCUGACGAAUUUGGGGAAAGAGACAUAACACCCAUAUUCCAAGACAUCAAUAACUUACAUGGAAUCAAGUUAACAAAUGGUGAUAGGUGGAAAACCCUGAGAAAAUUUGCUCUCUCAACUCUUCGAGACUUUGGGAUGGGAAAGAAACUGAGCGAAGAGAAAAUUAUUCAGGAAACGCGAUAUCUGCGUGAAGUUUUUGAGACCUCCCAAGGAAAUCCUUUUGAUACAACCCAGCCAGUACAUUAUGCCGUUUCUAACAUCAUCUCAGCUAUUGUUUUUGGAAAUCGGUUUGAAUAUGAGGACCCAAAGUUUAACAAAAUGGUUGACAGUGUAAACCAGUUAAUCCUCAUGUUGGGCUCUGCUUCCAUACAGAUCUACAACGUGUUUCCAGUGCUUAGGCCGUUGCUGAAGACCUGGAGACUGCUAGUGGAAAGUGGGGAGAAAUACCAUGCUGAAAUACAGGUGCAAGUGGAUCGCUUGCGGGAGACUUUAAACCCUUUUGACUGCAGAGGAUUAGUCGAUGCCUUCCUCAUCCAAAAACAAAGCUCAGAGAAAUCUGGAGAAAAAGAUUCGCAGUUUAACGAUCUGAACCUGCUCAUGAUUUUGUCCAACGUGUUGGCUGGCGGCACUAUCACCACCGGCACAACGCUACGCUGGUGUUUACUGCUCAUGGCCAAAUAUCCUCACAUACAAGAUCGCGUUCAUGAGGAAAUUGACAGGGUGCUUGGCGGACGUGAACCGGUUACAGAGGACAGGAAGAAUUUACCUUACACAGACGCUGUGAUUCAUGAAAUCCAGAGAAUGGCGAAUGUAUUGCCCAUGAGUCUGCCCCAUAUGACCAGCUGUGAUGUGAACUUCAAUGGAUAUCUCAUCAAGAAGGGGACGUGUGUUCUGCCACUGCUGACGUCUGUUUUGAGAGAUGAUAGCGAGUGGAAGACGCCCGACACUUUUAACCCUGAACACUUCCUCAAUGAGAACGGUCAGCUGAUCAAACGUGACGCCUUCAUGCCCUUCUCUGCAGGACGCAGAAUUUGUUUAGGAGAGGGUUUGGCCAGGAUGGAGCUCUUUCUGUUCUUCACUUCUCUUCUUCAGUGUUUUCACUUCACUCCUCCACCUGGAGUUUCUGAAGAUGAAUUGGAUCUCACACCAGUUGUGGGUCUCGUUGUUCCCCCUUCACCACACAAACUGUGUGCAGUCAAUAGGGCAGAAAAACACAACCUCAAGUUAUAAAUAAAAUAGCAGAGUAACUAAAUCAGUAUAUACCUGAUGAUUGUAAAACAUAAAGACUCUUACAUUGGGUCCAGUGACUUCUUUUUUAGCCCGUCUGUAUUUAGCCCGUCAUGAGCUUGCUGCCGACACUUCAAAGGGGUUUAUGAUUGCCAGAUACGCAUUUAAUUUCAGAGUAAUCAGAGUUUAGUGUUAAGUUAGUGCCUUGCAAGUAUUUUGUAAACAUGAGUGUCUCUUUCUCAUAAACCCUUUUGACGUUUGUGCAGCAGGGACUUAUUUAGACAAGAAACACAAUCUACAUAAUUUGAAAUUGCACCAAUCGGAAGAGAAGCCACCGGCUACCACUGGACACUUGUAUCACAUUAUUAUUCAUUCAUUAUAAGACCCUUAGACUAUUAUAUUAUCUCAUUAGCUUUUACAUGAUACAUGUACAUUCCCCGUCUAAACAAAUUUAAUUGUAUUUCAAGUUGGUGUAAAAAUAUAUAUGCUGUAUAAAUAUAUGCAGAUCAAUUAUGCAUUUGGUUUUUAAGGUAAAAAAAACUCUUUGGUGUUGCUUUAAUGAUUAAUGGUAAAACUUGGCUUGCUGUUGUCGAAAUUGCAGCUGGACGCGGAGGCCUGAAGGCUGCCUUAUAUACGCCCAUGAUGAUGAUGACUGACAGGCCUGAAUGUUUAGGCUCCUCCCAAACCUAAGUUUAGAACUACAUGUGGUGCAAAAAUCAUGGUAUUGGGAUGUUUUUCUACUACCAUGUUGGGCCUAUUUCUCUUAUAUAAGGGACCAUGGAUCAGUUUGAAUACAUCAGAAUACUUGAAGAGAUUAUGUUGCCCUUUGCCGAAGAGGAAAUGCCCCUAAAAUGGGUAUUUCAACAAGACAACAACCCCAAACACACAAACAAGAUGCAAAAUCUUGGUUCCAGACAAAGAGGAUUGAGGUUAUGGAGUGGCCAGCUCAAUCCCCUGAUUUCUAACCCAUUAAAAACUUGUGGGGUGAAAAAUUGACAAGGAACUGUGGAUCCUGGGUUAAAAUACCUGUUUCUGGGUGCCAGAAGUUGGUUGACUUGAUUUGA